UCUCAGUUUCAGAAGUGAAACAAGCUAGAAGCACAUUACAUUUGUCAUUAGUACUUAAGACUGACGACCAUAAGGAGCAAACGCGGAUAGAAAUAGACAGAAAAUAAGAGGACUGUCGUUCUGUGUCAUGUUGGCUGAAAGUUUCCUCCGAUUGCUGCCUUACACGGAGGAGAGAAAGUCUGACUCCAAGAAACAGAGAUCACAGACUCCCUGUACGGACCCCUUUAGAAGCUGUAUCCUCUCUGAGUCGAUCUCCACAGACCUAGAGGCAGAAUCCGUGGAAACAGCUCUAAACCAGGAUGAACUAGAUCCCAACCAAUUCCAGGGCCUGAAAGUGUUGCCUCAAGGUCCUCUAAGCCUCUCAAUCCCUGGGUGUCCCCCGGUCCUCACCCUUGACCCUGACCUCACAGUGGGCUUAGAGGACUGUAGCCUCCUGGAGCAGUACCCAGACCUGCAGGUGGCCGAAAGUGGUCGCAUCUCCCACAACACACGCAAUAUCCCCCAACACAAGGACAACUCCUGGCAUAAUCCAAAAUGGCCACAAGGCAAUCAUGUCUCUAUACCGGACCAGGGGUAUCUGGUCAUGGGGGCCAGUGUGGACGUCAGCAUGGAUCUGCCCGGGUCAGGGUUGGAGCCGAUGUCUAACUCGGUUCUGAACGGGCUUCUGGAGAAACAGCUGGAGGAGGUGUACAUGCAGCAUCUGACUGACAACUUGGCUCGAUGUCACUCCAACCUGGGGAACAGCCUUCUGCACGGCCUGGUGCCUCUGCCUGGGACCCAGCCUCAGGGGCUAGACUCACUGGAGGCCAGUCUGGAGCAGGGAUCAGGCGGGGACGUUGGCAAGAAGAUGAGUUAUCUGAGCACGCAGAACUUAAAUCCCUGCUCGUCCAACUUCAGCUCCCCGGUGCUGAGGAUUUCAGAGGCUGACGAUACUUAUCUGCAAUGAACGCAAUCACGCAUGCAAAAUAAUGAAAUGUGACACUCCAAUGUAUUUUUUUGCACCUCUUACCUCCAAGUUUGCAUACAACCAAAUGCAACUGAAACAUGACAAACAAGUGCAGUUCCGUAAAUCAAUGGCUGCUUUUAUUUUGGUUUACCUUUGUUUACUUGCUUGAUAAAAUAUGCUUUAAAUGUACCUGCUCUUAUGUGCCAUCUGCUGUCAGCUUUUAGGAACUGCACCUAUUUUAAGGCAAAGUCUAAUCCAGUGAUAUAUUUAGAUUUACACUGCACAUUGAAUUUGCCUUGUAAAUAUUGACUUGGUGCAUUUAGAUUUAAUUCUGUUGUUUUUUUAUUAGCUGGUAGUGGCAUGUUUGGGAAAAAAAAGUUGUGCCCCUAUGUCUUGAUUGUAAGUGAUGUGGGUCUCAAUACUAUUUGGAAAUACAUGACAUGUAUUAAAUGAUUAAGUAACAUUGGUUGACUGUCUAAUUUGUAUGAUUACUUGUAAACACACGUCAACAUAUGGAUUUUGUUAAAAAUAAAGUCAGAGUGUUAUUUAAAUUUUUA